AUGCCCUUGUUCAAGGAACUUAAUCUCGUGCCAAAGGUCACGAACCCAUUCCCCCCGCUGCGCGAGACGCAAUGCAAUUCACCGUCACAAAGAGGUCAAUGGUGCGAUGGGUUUUCCAUCGACACGGACCCUGACGAGGAUGGACCGACUACCGGGAAUGUCUGUGAAUACUUGUUCAUCAUUACAAACACCACCAAAGAUUUCGACGGGGUGGAACGCCUUGCGCUGGCGGUCAACGGGCAAGUUCCCGGCCCAGCGAUCGAAUGCCAGUGGGGAGAUAUUCUACGGGUCAAUGUGACGAACGAGAUGCAGAACAAUCAGACAGCGAUGCAUUGGCACGGUCUCAGCCAGCGUGGAGGCACCACCAACGACCAAGAUGGAGUCCCUGGAGUGACAGAAUGUGCCAUACCGCCGAGUCACAGCCGAACAUACGAGUUCAAGCUGAAGCAGUUCGGUACAGCUUGGUGGCAUUCCCAUGCUUUGUCCCAGUUUGGUGACGGGAUCCGGGGUCCGAUCAUCAUUCAUGGACCCGCGACAGCCGACUACGACAUUGAUAUGGGCGCCAUCAUGAUAGACAACCUGUUCGACAACAGUUCCAACCCGAUCUCGACUCCGGCCUAUGCCUCUCGCGUCCUCCACGUGAAUGGAACGGGCUUUUGGAACUAUGUUCUGAACGGUGCAAACACCUCGCCCGACCUGACGAGGGGCAGACACGCCUUCUGGUCCGUGAAGCCAGGGAAGAGGUACCGUUUCCGAAUCAUCAAUUCCGCCGUCCAGUCGGCAUGGGCCGUCCACUUUGACCAUCAUAAGAUGACGGUCAUUGCGGCGGAUCUCGUCCCCAUCAAACCCUACACGACCGAGUGGCUCAAUAUCGGCAAUGGCCAGCGAUACGACGUGAUUGUUGAAAUGGACCAACCGGCAGAUGCGUACUUUCUGCGCGCCGUGGCUCAGCUGGGUUGUCCUGACGAAACACAAAACAAUGGUCUCGGCCUCGCGAAUGGGAUUUUCCUGUAUCAAGGGGCGUCCCUCGACCUUCCAUCGUCCACGGCGGGUAACAAGACGGCUGCAGACUUUCUGUAUUGCGCCGACGAGCCGCUGUCUUCGCUCACCCCGUGGAUCGAGAAGAGCGCCGGCUCCCGUGCCGCAUUUGAAGCAAAGGCCAGGACCCUCCCGAGUGGUGAUCGCUACCGUCUUACAUAUAGUGAUGACGGGACUGUGUGGCGUUGGCCUCUGAAUGGCACCAUCACUGUGAACUACACCCAACCGACCCUUGAGCUUCUUGCUCAUGGAAUCUCUCCGUAUGACAGGCCUAUUGAACAGCAAAUUGUUCUCCCUGAAAAGGACCAAUGGGUGUAUUUCAUCAUUCAGAACUUGUUUUAUGCGGCCCACCCGAUGCACCUCCACGGCCACGAUAUGGCGAUUCUAGGGCAGGGCAAAGAAGAAUGGAAUGCCAGCCUGAUCUCGACGCUCAACUUUGAGAAUCCACCGAGGAGAGACACGGCUCUUGUUGUUGGCAACAUCGAAAAAGACCCCAACGUCGGAGGCUAUUUAGUCCUGGGUUUCAAAACUGACAACCCAGGCGUUUGGUUGCUCCAUUGCCACAUCAUCUGGCACUCCGAGUCUGGGAUGGGUUUGCAAUUCAUUGAGCGUCCCGACGAAAUCCCUGCAAAGGCGUACGCGAGCAAAGAGAGCUUCGUCCAAGAGUGUGCAGCCGAGUUGGAGUACGAAGAAGAGGACCCAAGCCACAAAAAGUCCGGGAGCGUGUCGGGAGUGUAA